AUGUAUUGGUGGAGUGUUGUACUGGCUGUUGUGUUUCAACAACUCUGUGUUUCCAGUGAAAGCCACUAUGAAUGUGGGGCUCAUGGCAAAUUUGAAUAUUGCGUAAAUAGACAGCCAGGUUGCGUAGUCGGAUGCCAUUGUCAUCCAGGCUAUUAUUUUGACACCGAUACCAAAAUUUGUGAACACAACUUAAAGUUAACUCAGCUAAGACGACAUUUUGAUUUAGAACCGACACGUGUGCCUAUUAUAAAUUAUAAAUCUGUCACCAUUCCAACGUUCACUACGCUAAGUGCUGUCGACGAGAAAGUGGAAGCAAUAGCCAAAGACACAGAUGAUCUCGGUGAUUGGCUCUAUAAUCAAUUUUUCAAAACUAUUGAGAAUCAAGUUAUUAAUAACACAGAUAAUAACGUACUGAACACAAGAAGAAGUGGAAAUAGUGAUCCAGUAAAACCCAAAAGGAGAUCUCGCAAAAAGAGUAAAAAAACAAAAAUGAAGAAAAAGCAUACAAGUAUUAAAAAAGGUCUGAGAAGUAAAUUAUUGCGAAUUACAGAAGAUGACAGUUUAUUCGAUUCGAGUUCGAGGUCUAGUUCAGAAAGUGAUAGUAGUUCAAGUGAGAGCAAAAGUGAUUCUUCUGAUGACCAUGAUCACCGUAAAAUCGUAAUGAUUAACAAAAAAUCCACACCAUCACUACCAUCAUUUAUUUUCCUACCGAAUGUCGAGACUCCUUUUUAUCCUCCCAUAGGAUUACCUGCACCACCAAUUAUGCCCAUGUAUCCAAUGGUACCAGUUCCACCAAUGGGUUUUGGAUAUUAUACAGAAUCUACGACUGUAUUGUCGUCCACACCUUCAUCAUCGUCAACGUCUCAGUCAAUACCUUCAUCAUCAGCACCAACAGAAACACCGUCCUCUACAAACGUAAUAAUUACAACGAUCGCUCCAUCAACUGAAACAACUAAAACAUCUGACAUAUCUGAAACAACGACACUCAUAAAUGAAGAGACAUCAGAUAUCACCGAGGCUCCUCCUGAAUCGGAAAACCCUGCUUUACGUAGUAGAGAUUUGGACAAUUUUGAUAGCCCCUUUUUUAAUAUGCCUGCUGAGAAAUCGUCAGAAAGAGAAUUUUACCAACCAAGUGUAAACUAUAUGGCCAAACCAGAAGACGUUGAUUUUAAAUAUCUUACUGAAUUAAUUCACAAAAUCGAUCUCAACAAAACAGGACCCAGAAGUCUAACUAAUCAAAUACCGUUAUCUGUUUUAACGAGAAAAAGUAAUUAUCAAAACAGUGCACCUGUUUAUACAAAUAGUGAAAACGGUAUAACCGAAAACUACUUACCAUAUUACUUACAGAUUCCACAUAAACCGAGACCUAUCUCUAAAGCUGAUGAGAUGAACGAUUCAUAUUUUACAAAUCUAGGAAAACAAAUAGCUUCUUUGAUAAGUAAUUUUAAUUCAAAUGGUGAACAACAAGUAAAUAUUGAGCUACAGCGUCAAAAUUCUCCUGAUAAUAUCCAAACUGCAAAUUUGUUAAGUGAAAACAGAUUUACCCAAGGGCGAUCUUAUUGGGAAAGGUUUGUUCGAUCACCUUUAAAAUCCCUUUUACCAUUCAUUAAUAAAAAUAAUCAAGAAAUCCAAAGUAAUGAAAACUUAAUCAGUAUUGAAAACCAAGUAAACGUUGCUACCGCUACAAGAAGACCUUUUAGCCUCCAGGAGUUGGAAAAUAUGGCAAACAUAGCACAACAAGCAAUUAUGAAACCGAAAAGAGUACAAUACCAGCCCACUAAAAGGACUACCAAUACCAAUAUUAAUAAUCAGUAUACGGUUAAUUUAUUACCACAGUUAAAUAGAAGGAUUAAUUAUCCAGUCACUCUUGCCAAUGCGGAGAUAGACGGUAAUCCUGUUGUAUUCUUCACAGACAAUUUAAUUCCCAUUUCAUAA